AUUACCAAAUGUCCUAGUUUUGCUCCUACUUUUGCCACCCACCUAAUCUCGCUAUAAACUUCUUACACCGUUCUAUCCUCAAUCCCCUCUCCUCUUCCAUUCACCUCUUGUUAGAUAGCAAGAACUAGUUCAAAAGUUACAAUUACUACAAUCUCAAUUAGUCCAAAUCUCCUACCUUCAGCUACCUUUCUUACUACUCUGUGCUUAUAAGAGCCACUUGCAUAAAACAUACUCUGAGGCAGUGUAGGUUCGCCAGUCACACGAUGGGGGAAGAAGCUAAGCAGGAAGCGGAGGCGAAACAAGAAGAAAAUAAAGAAAAAAAGACAGAGGAAACAAAGCCAGGGCCUGCUCCUUCAGUCGUGUUGUCUCUGGAUUUGCACUGUGUUGGAUGUGCAAAGAAGAUUGAGAAGUGCAUGCUCAAGUGCACAGGGGUUGAGAGUGUUGAGGUGGACAUGGUGAAGAACCAGGUCACAGUGAAAGGGGUUGUGGAUUCUCAAUCUCUGUGCUCCAGAAUCCACAAGAGAACACGGAGGAAAGUGCAAGUAGUCUCUCAGCCGACUGCAGAGACCGAAGGGGACUCCAUGCCGGAAGUUGUUCCACCUCAGGAGAGUAGCAUGGCAACAAUUGAGCUCCUUGUCUACAUGCACUGUGAGAUAUGUGCAGAGCUGCUGAAGAGGAAGAUACUAAAGAUGAAAGGUGAGUGAGUGAAAUUAGGGCUGGAAUUUUUUAUAAAAUUCCCGACCCUUCCCGACUCCCAACCCGUUCCCGUCCCGAAUUUUUCCCGACCCGAAUUUUUCCCGACCCGUAUGGUCGGGAUUUUUCCCGACCCGACCAAAAUCGGGAAAAGGAUCGGGUACACUAGCUCUACCCGACGGGCUUCCCGACCCGACCCGAAUAUAUUAAUAAUAAUUUUUAAUUCGAGUUUUUAAAAAAAAAUAAUAUAGAAAAUUAGGUUUAAAAAUUAAAAAAUCUAAAAACUGAUUCAACUAAAGUAUGAUUUUUAAAAACACAAAAAGAAAAAUAUAAAAAUAAGUAAAUAGUAAAGUAAGGGUUGUUACUUAUGCAUCUCAAAUUCUCUCGUUCACUUCACGCCACGCCAUUCACGCCCUUCGCCCUUCGCCCUUCGCCCUUCGCCCUUCACCAUUCGGCGUUCGCCUUUCGCCGUUCAACCUCGCCCUCGCGGUUUCGCGGUUCGCCUUCGCCCUCGAGGUCUCGCCCUUCACCCUUCGCCCUUCGCCCUUCGCCCUUCGUCGUUCGUCGAUUUAUUCCACUGGAACCCUAGCCCAUACCCACACCGCCACUGGAACCCUAGCCCACGCUGCUUCGUCUUUCGCUGACUUAUUCUUGGUAACCUUUCUUCCUUUAAAAUGAAUCCAAGAUAUAGUGAAUAGGGAUGUAAUUUCUAGUUGUUCAUUGUGCUUAUAGUUAUCAGAUUACCUGUGACUGUGGAUUUGGGUCCUAGAUCAUGUUGAAUUUUGUAUGGUUAUCAGGUUAUGGUAGUUUAUAGAAAUAUCCAGGUCAAUUUUUUUUUUUGUUAUUGUAUGACUAGACCACACCCACUUCCACUUCCUGAUGCUUCUGUUGCGAAUUAGAUUGGAACAAAGUUGACGUACGUAGUUCAUGGUGACAACGGUGCACGGUUUAAUUCCUCGUCUGCUCCUCCUAUGCAUGCAUAUGCACUUGUCUAGCUAGCUACUUGUGGAUUUAUUAGAUAAGAGUCAUAGAUCUAGUGUACUUUAAUGUCCACGAUCUUAUUUUGUGGUUGAUCUUAUUGGCUAAAAACAGGUUACUAGCAUGAGUAUUACUGUUGUGAGUCAUAGAACCAGUCAGACUAGUGUUCAAGUUAUAAAAUUAUGUUUGAUGUUGUACAGUAUAAAGACUAGUGUUCAAACAUUAAAGUAUACCCGUUCCCGUCCCGAAUUUUUUACAGUUGUGAGUCAUAGAACCAGUCAGACUAGUGUUCAAGUUACUAGCAUGAGUAUUACUGUAAUAACUUAUGUUUGAUGUUGUAAUCUCUAUUUUUCUUAACUGUGCAGCUAGGUGACCAUACAUUCUCUUUUUACUUUUUAGUAAUAUACUGUAAUCUCUAUUUU